UCUAUAGUACCCAAAUCAUACCUUGCCUACACUCAUCCAUACACACGAGUCCUCUCCUUAAAAGCUACAGCCCGGUCGUCCGCCAUGUCCGGUCCGGCGGAACCCACCCUGAGGUCUCUGCUCGAGGCCCAGGUGAUCCCGAACGAAGGUCUCGAAGACAAGUGUCUGGAUACCAAGUUGUCCGAGUUGUCUGGCGACGAUAUCAGCAUCAUCCUCGACCACGUCAAUAUCCUCUACACCCCUUCCCCGUCUAUCCGAAUACAUAUUCUUCCCUUCCUCUCGCACCUCUUCCUAGCUCACCCCGCUCAUUCAUCGCUCUUCCCUGCUUCGUCAUUCUUUCCAACUCUCGCUCUCAGCCUGUUGUUAGACCCAUCAAGCAGGAUCCUCGAACAAGGUCUCCGGUUACUCAACAUUGUCCUUCCCGGUUCUAUCGUCCCUUCCAGUGCGAAACUCGGGUAUUUGUUGGCUAUACUGGGAAAGGCAGCGAUGGUCAUGUCCUCGCAGACCACGAUGAGGGGGAAGAAAGAUACCUUCUUUGCUUCUCCCUCUGGGUCUGAGCAGAUGAGGAGACGGAGGAGCUCGUCAGGCGCAGGAAAUAGUGGAGUUGGGGUUGGGGCAGGAUUAUUGUCCCCCUUGAGAGGGAUGAAGGAACUGCCCGUCGUGGACGAUGAGACGAGCGCUCAUCCGGGUCGAGGACAGGAAUCUGUGCUCGGUCUUGGAUUGGGAUCAGGGUUCGGGAUCACAGGGGAAGGAGCCGGAAAUUCCAGUAGUCACAACGAUAAUGAGAACGAAAACCACAAGCACAAGAGCGACGGAAUGAUGACAGGUCGAUCGAUCGAUACCGUCUCGGCAAUGUCGGAAAACUCCAACGAAGACAAACUUAUGGGCCUCUCCCUCUCUCCACCGUCGUUCAUGGGGAUGCACCAUCCUCACGCUCAUCACCCGAUGAACAGGUCCUCGUUACAGCCUGCGCCUGGAGUAAGGUGGAAGACGUACCACGACCCUAUUGGGGGGUUGUAUGGGGUCGACGAGGCGCAAGAGGUUUUCGAGCUCUAUCAUCAUCAUCACCAUCAGCCCAGGCAGACGGGACUGCAUCACGCGGGCCAUUCGAGGAAUCGAUCUGCCGGGAACCCUAUUUCUCCUUCUGCGACAUCAUCGAGUGCACCUGCGAAUCAAGGUCAACCCUACUCGGCUUCAACCUCAACAUCGACUUCGAUCCUAGCGGAAUACCUUUCGUUACUCUACACCGCCUUCCCACUGACCUUGGUGCGGUUCAUCAACGAUCCCGCCGGGUAUCUGGGGGAGAAGGGGAUCGCGUGUCCGUACGCCUUGUCAGGAGGCUGGAAGGAUGUUUGGAAAGAGGGAGAGAUGGCGAGGUUGACUUCGCCGUACAUGAAAUCGUUCCUCUUCAACCCGGCUCUGCUGUCGGGCACUGCCAAGACGGAGCUCGACGGGAUCGCAAACAGGUUCAGCAAGACGGAAGCUGACGAGAUCGUAGGCCUCGCCGGGAGCUUGCUGGCUAUACUUCCUGCCCCGGGUCUGGUCGAGACGGAGCACGAGACUUCCAUAGAGAAGAUACAGGCAGACCAACAGAGACCUCAGCUUCCUCUCAGGUCGAUGACGGAGUUGACGGACAAUACGUCUACCUCGAUGUCGAUCAGCAUGACCCCGGGAGGAUCACCUGGGCGUUCGAUGAAGACGGUCAGACAUCGAAGGUCUUCCGAAUUGGCGAUCCCGGUGACGGGUACGAACCCCCUGACGGCGAUGUCCAUAUCGAUAGCGGGACCCAGUCGGACGGGGGUGAAUGCGUAUGCACCGGUACCGGCUCAUCCGAUUGCCAUUCGGCCGACGGGCGGGUUAGGAGUUGGGUUGGGGGCGGGGAACGAGGGCGAAACGGAAAGGUUGAGGAAGCAGGUAGAGGUCUUGACGCUCGAUCUGGCACAUCAGAAAAAGUUGGCGGGGAUGUAUCUACAGCAUGUCAACCGGCUUUACCAGUCGGCCGUCUCGGCUCGAUCCGGGGAGGCGGAACAACAGAACCUGUACAACCACAUCAAGGACCAGGAACGCCUUGCUGAGCAAAAGAACCGAGAGUUGCAGAGCGUCAAGGACGAACUCGCUCGAACGCGAAAAUCAUCUAGCGAGGAAAAGGCUAGAUUGAGCGCGAAGAUGGCCGAGAACCGAGAUCUGAAGAAGCAGGUCUCUCAGAAACAGGGGGCGAGGAACGACGAGAUUCUGGAUAGGGAGAGUCUGAUCACUCAUCUGAAGACGGAGCUUAUCAAGGAGAAGGAAAAAUCUUUCAAAUUAGACAACAGGCUACGUGAGGCAGAGCCGAAGAUCAAGAAGAUUGGCGAUUAUGAGCAGCAGAUUGACAAGUUUGAGGAGAACCAGCUGUUAUGGGAUAACGACCUGAAAAGGCUUCAAGAUUACAAAGACGCGAUCGACAAGAUGACAAGCGCUUUCGUCCAGAUGCAACAUCACACCAAGGCUAUGCAAGACGAGCAUGAUGGCCUUGUCGAUCAAGUCAGGUCAUUGAAAGGCGAGCUCGAAGAUGCGAAAAUUAACCACGACAUCCUUCGCAAGAAGAGCGAAUCAUCAGAAGCACAAGAUGACGAGGGAAACAUUUCUGGAAAGCCAUCUUUCCUUUUGAACGAGAUUGAAACGCUACGCAAAAAGGUCGAAGCCUCGCAGAUUAGGGUGCAUGAUCUCGAGCAAGAACUCCUGGAGGCAAAUGCGGAUCAAGAAGAGCUGGAGUUCUUGCGAAAAGUACGGGCGCAAGGUAAGAGCUCAAUGUUGGCAUAGUUUGCAAGGAAUAGGAAACCCAAAACGGACCCCGCUGUUUCUACACUGUAUCAUGCCAAACGUUGGUUCAACGGCUACUAUGUAAACGCAUUACGAAGUGCAAAAUCUUGGAGAUGUGGUCACCAGGCUCAAGCUGUACGAGUCUAGUUGUCCAUCAGAAAGAACCAUGUCUGGGCAGG